UUAGCUAAAACAACAGUGUUGCUCUGGCAGCACAUCCUGACCUGGCAGCCGUUUUUGGAAAAUGUAAGGCAGUGUUGUAGUCAAUUGAGAAAAUGAGGUGAAAACACAAACCAUAGUGGAGGAAAUGUCUCCACUGGAAUAGUGUCUCCAGUGGACAGGAAAGGUCUCCUACUUGACAGGAAAUGUCUCCACUGGAUUAAUGUCUCUACUGGAUUAAUGUCUCUCCUUGACAGGAAAUGUCUCCACUGGAUUAAUGUCUCUACUGGAUUAAUGUCUCUACUUGACAGGAAAUGUCUCCACUGGAUUAAUGUCUGUACUGGAUUAAUGUCUCUACUUGACAGUAAAUGUCUCCAGUGACUGGAACUACCUCCACUGCAUUAAUGUCUCCACUGGAUUAAUGACUCUAAUAGACAGGAAUUGUCUCCACUGCAUUAAUGUCUCUACUGGAUUAAUGUCUCUACUGGACAGGAAUUGUCUCCACUGGAUGGUGAUAAUGGUUUCAUCCAGAAUAGCUAACGAUAAAACAACAAUAGUUUGGCAGAAGCACAUGACUUUCUUCCAGUCUGCUUGAGAGUCUUGAGAGGAGAAAGAAAAUUCAGCAGAACUGACGCAGUGAUAACAAGGAAAAGGAAACAUGAACUCGAAAAUGCAUAUAGUGAUUAGGAAAUUCAAGCCCUCAGACUUUGAAGCAGUGAAAACAAUAUUUCAAGAUGGAAUCCAGGAGCACAUUAUUCCUUCAUUCAUCUAUGCCAUUUCCCAGCCGGUCCACAUUACUCUAACUCUGUGCUUCUGCAUUGUGGGCUAUAUACUGAGUGGAGAAUCAGUUGGUCUGGCUCUGCUGGCUGGAGCAUCCUGGAUUGGACUGUUGUUGUACUGCUGCUAUGAGUUCUACGCUGGUUAUGUCAGACUGAAGCUGAGCACAGACAUGCAGGACAUUACAGGCUACUACAUUAGAAACCCAGAUAACGGCUUCUGGGUUGCGGAAGCUCAGGUCAAUGGGCGACCCCUGGUGGUGGGUAUGGUGGCUGUAGAGGCCCAAAAUCUUCCAAAUAGUGAUGGGCAAAAGUACGGACACCUUUACCGAAUGAAUGUGUCUUCUGAGUGUCGUCACACUGGUAUCGGGUCACGCCUGGGGAAAGUAGCUGUGGACUUUUGUAAAGAACGAGGGUUCUCAAAGGUUGUGCUGGAAACUAGCUCUACUCAGAGGCCAGCUGUCAUCCUUUACAAUAAGAUGGGCUUUAAACUUGUGCAAAUCCACACACAAAGUGAAGCUCCUUGGUGGAUCAUCUGGCUGAUCAGAGUUACAAUUCUGAAAAUGGAGAAAGUCUUUUAAACUUUAAUCCAUUCAUCCAUUCAUAUACACCAUAUGACCAAAGAUUUGUGGACACUUGGCCAUCACACUCAUAUGUACUUCCUGAACAUCCUAUUCCAGACUUUGCUGAAGCUGGCACCUUCAAAUAUGUUUGCAUGUUUAAAAAUGCCCCAAUAGAAAUCCUCAAAAAAUAAAAAGUUUCUCAUCAAAACGUGAUUUCAUUGCUUAUGCUAAACUUAAUUUAAACACGUUCGUUUCUAAUUAGAUUAUUUUACUUAUGUAAGGUGAGCAUGAUCAAUUCACAUUGUAUUAAUAUAAACCAAUUAUUAAAAUCUUGUGGGAAUGUUGGCUGUUACAGGUACUAUAAGUAUGGUGUUUAAAUUAACAGGGUUAAAUCAUGUGUGGUGGAAUAGUGUAGUGGUAAUGUGGAUGCUACAGAGUGCCAGCAAACUGGGUUCAAUCUUCAGUUCAGGUGCGGGCGUGGAGUUUGAUUUUAUUCUUUACAUUGAAAAUAUAUGACCAAAUCAUCUUAGAUGUACGAAACAAAUUGUGUUAAUGUAACUCAGUUCAAUAAAUUGGAAGCAAUGUGCGCAUUUAAA